UAUAUAUAGUACUCUAAAUUUCUCUCCCAAAAAAACACUACAUAAUAUUAUUAUUAUUAUUAUUAUAAUUAUAUGGCUAUGAAGAAGCUACCUCAAAGGGCUGUGAUGAUCAAGCAAAUCAUAAAAAGGUGUUCAAGUUUUGGGAAGAAGAAUAAUAUUAAUAUUAUUGAUGAAGAAGAAGAAGAGGAAGUGUUAGGGUUUUAUAAUAAUAAUAAUAAUAAGAAUAAUAAUGAUGGUGAUGAUAUUCCAAAUGAUGUUCCAAAAGGGCAUUUUGCUGUUUAUGUUGGUGAAAAUAGAAGAAGAUAUAUCAUACCAAUUUGGUGGUUAACUCAACCUGAGUUUCAAACCCUACUUCAAAGAGCUGAAGAAGAGUUUGGAUUUAACCAUCAUAUGGGUUUAACUAUUCCUUGUGAAGAACUCACUUUUCAAAAUCUAAUUUCCAUUAUCAUGAUCAGAUCAUCUUCUUCAUCAUCUUAAUUAUCAUCAUCUCUACCUCUAUAAUUAUAUAUUUAUAUAUAUGUAUGUAUUAUCUUAUUUUAUGUCUCUAGUUAGAGAGUUUUAAUUUCUUCUUCUUAUUUUGUAUUCUAAGGGAUUUUGUACAUAUAUUAUUAUUAUUGUUUUUGUUAUAUAUAUCUUUUUUCACUUAAUUUAUUAACCAGUUGUA